UAUUUCAUAGAGGGCUACCAUACUGCUUGCCAUAAUUUACUUGAUAGAAAACUUGUUUGUGCCGCAAAUUAAAAAAUUAAAAACACAAUUAAAAUGCCCGAAAGCGACGUUACCAAAAUGAAGGUUGCGGAUUUAAAGCGAGAGCUGAAGCUGCGUGGGCUGCCACUGAACGGCAAUAAAAAUGAAUUACAAGACCGCUUGCAAACGGCGUUACUGGAAGGCGACAUUUCGCUGGAAGAUAGCGCGAUAAAUGACGCUAUUGGUGACGAUGUUUCGUUCACGGAUGAGGACGAGCAUAAGUUAUUGGGCGAAGAUCACGAGGACUUGCUGUUAAAGAGCCCAGUGAACACGCCUACGACAACAACAAUACCAGAUUUAUCAUCUCCAACAGAAACGGCGACCGAUUCAAAUCCAGAUGCUAAUGCCACUUCGCCGCCAGCUAAAAAAAUCGUGCUCAAACGAAAUAACUCGCAGCCGCUAUUGACAACGGUCACGACAGCAACGGCAACGCCAUCGAAGGAGAAUGCCGCUCCUGAUACUGCGGGCAGUGUAGCUGAAUCAUUGGAGGCUGAUAAGCCCUUAAAAACGAAUCGAAAGCCAAUCGUGGUUGGUGGCUCUGCAACGCAAACCAAAGACUCCACGUCCGCUCCCGACAAGAAGCUAACCCAACUAAGCGCACAAGAGCGUUUAGAGAUGCGUGCCAAAAAGUUUGGUAUUGCCCUCGAUGCGAAAGCCGCUGCUGCUCCAGCUAAAACUGCUUCACCAGCGGUUAACAAGUCUUCGUCGGCUUCAAUAAAGGCUAACAAGGGCAACAAGGAAACGGAGGAACAGCAAAAGGAGGCUUUGAAGAGGCGUGCCGAACGCUUUGGCUGUGUGGUGCCGGAGAAGAGCCCGAAAACUACUGUCGAUGAGCGGCUGCAAAAGCGUAAGGAACGGUUCGGUAAUACUGUUGGCACAACAACUGCAGCUACCAGCGAUCCAAAAGCCAAGAGCGAAUGGGCUGAAAAGGCGCGCGCACGCCUGGAACGCUUUAAAAUUGCACCAGCGGCUGCUGCCGCACCGACAAAAUAAGUGACAACUCAGCUGAGCAUCCACUUUUUAAUUUAAGCCACAAUCAUCCACCAAUUAUAUACAUGUAGCUGUUAAGCAAGAUAAUAACUGCACAGAAUCAAUUACAUUUAAGCUGUGCAGUGUUGGAUUAACCUUUCAACUAGCUGCUAUAUCGAUUAUUAACAGACAAAAUAAAUACAUAACUAAUUCAAACAGGCUAUC